AUGUUAGCAUUGCUGUCUUUGAUCUGGUUCUCACACUUGUGCAAAAAUGUCGACAGAAUCGAAAACCGAAGACCUGUAAUAGGUGGCUUCGUUGCGAAGGACCUUGGAUGGAGAUGGGUGUUCUGGAUCAUGGCAAUCUUUAAAGGAAUCCUAACGAUCGUGACCUUCUUCUUCCUCACCGAGUCCCACCACCCCACGAUCCAGCGAAAAAGAGCGAAGGACACAGACAUGGUCCUUAAUAAAGAAGUACCGAAAGUCGGCCAAGUACUAUUCCGAGCGCUUAUGAGACCAAUGCGUAUGCUUAUCCAUAGCCCUAUCGUCACUGGCCUCUCCCUCUAUCUCGCAUUGAUAUAUGGCUAUCUAUAUCUUCUCUUUACCACUUUCUCCACGGUGUUCACAGAACAGUACGGAUUUGGCAUUGAUAUCCUCGGACUUGCUUUCCUUGGAGUAGAAAUCGGCUGUAUCGCUGCACUGGCAGUUCUCUCCUGGCUGAGUGACUGGCUUCAGGACCGCCUUACCAAGAAAUACGGAGAGUCUAAGCCUGAAUAUCGAUUACUUCCAAUUGUCCUUGGAAUUCCACUUCUCCCCAUUGGGCUGUUUGUAUACGGAUGGACAGUAGAGUAUGAGGUUCACUGGAUAGUUCCUAUCAUCUUCACGGGGUUCUCAGGGGCCGGACUAAUAUUCUCAUUUCUUUCCACUCAGAUAUACAUGAUCGAUGCCUUCACAACCUAUGCGGUUAGCGCUCUAGCCGCUACAAGUGUCAUACGUAGCAUAGUUGGUGGGUGUCUCCCAAUCUCUGGGCUUCCGCUGUACUCUGAUCUUGGUUAUGGAUGGGGGAACUCACUUCUUGGAUUUGUUGCCAUUGUAGUGUCUAUCGCGCCUCUUCUGUUCUGGCGCUACGGCGAGGCUCUGCGCAAGAAGUAUGAUGUUCAAUUUGACGAGUAA